GGGAAACUGUUUUCUUUCAUAAUAUCUUUAUUAUUUGUUUUAUUAGCGUUAAAAAGCGCUUUAGUAUUCAAAAGAGAUAAAAAAGAAAAAAUUAUACAUUUCAUUGAUACCCGCAGCUACAUCCUGCGUCCUGCAUUUCGUCCUGAAGUCAGCUCCUGGUCGUCUCGUGACGCCAGACACUCAAUGGUACCACACGAUCGAUUGGCAAUGCGACAUUUAAUAGAUUUAUAAUAAAAAAUUUAAGAAUUUUUAAAGGUCUGCGUUUUAAAAUCGUUGUCGUGAUUUUUCAGCCUCCGUAUAUACGCGUUAUUGACUAGCGUGCUACGAUAAUGGACGGUAAUGUCCUACUUUGAAAGUGCCGAUUGUUUUGGUAGUCUCGCGCGUUGUGUACUCUCAGUCUCGCGGAUGCCUUGUCGUCAACAGUUUAUCAAAGUUUCGCUGCGUUCGUGUAUCCAGCGCUAUACAUUUCUCGUGACUUGAUUAAUCUAGAAAGCAUGAACGUGUUUUCUAGACUAAUCAACAGUCAUGAGGAACACGUAUCGCGUGCGCGCGCGAGUGUGGCUGGUCGAAAAUAUUCAGUAGUUAUCGAUCGUAGCUGUCGGAUGGUAAGGCGAUGUAUCGAUCUAUCGAACCCGCGGAACUAAUUGUACAGAUGGCGGUCGUCGUAACAGCGCGCCGCACCAAUUGCGCGGCCAUCUUCGAAAUCGAUCUCUUUGCGUCGAGCAGCCGCCAUUGACGCAUCGGUCCACAUCACUCUCCGUGUUUCACGCGUCUUUUGUCCUCGAAAGCAAGUCUCGUGCGAAAAUAAGUAUCGGGAGUGUCGGCAAUAGUGAUGUGCGAUCGGCGGAACGUGUCGCAGGUACGUUAUUACGGAGUGAUUAUCCUCGUUUGUCGGUGUAUGCAAAGCGGUGCUUGUCGCGACGAAGUGUCGAGAGUCGGCGUUUCUCUUACACUUGUCAUUACCGUCGUCUCACUCAAGUAGUGACAGAAUCGGACGAUCGUCAGGUUUAUUCAGCGGGAAUUAGAAGCGCCGUGAUAAUUGAUGAAGAAGUGGAAAAAGGCAAUGCGACGCCGAAUCUCGCGCGGUAGCGCGUCAGUCUGUUAGCAAGGAGAGAAAGAGGGAGAGAGACAGCGCGUGUCGUAGGAGGGCGACACUGUCUCGGAGCGCAUUUUCGGUGCAUGUCAUCGAUUGCGCAGUCAUCUUUGAUUUCGAUCUCUUUGCGUCAAGCUACCGCUACCAACACGUCGCUCGACAUCGCUUUCCGCAUUUUACGUGUCUUUUGCCCGUCGAAAGUGAGUCUCGCACGGAAAUGAUGACUAUCGGGAGUGUCGACAAUAGCGAUUUGCGAUCGCCGGGACGUGUCGCAGAUACGUUAUUAGGGAGUAAUCUGCUCAUUUGCCGGUGUAUUAUGCACUCCGUGCUUGUCGCGACGGUCUAAUCGCGUUCUCGUCGGCAACGUGUUACUUUUAACACACGUUUCUCCGAUCUAAUCGUAUUUACGCGGUGUUAGUGCCAAUGAGUGUCUGUGCGACGAAGCUAUCAGGACCAGGAUACUGGAUCGGACAGCGAAGACGGAGGAGGCAGAAUGCAGGAUCACAGGCAGCGAUAUAUUGUAAGGUGUCGGGCGAGAGCGUGUCCACGGGUACAGGACCACGUGGCGGCGACCGUGGAGAGGCAGCGGAUUUAGGAACGCACACGGAAAACAACGACGGGGACACCCUGGCAGCGAACACAGCGGUCGACGCCAGGGGCGGGAGCCCUCAGGGUGCCCACCUGUCAGGUGCGGCAACCCCGAGGCCACCAAGGGGUAGGAGGCGGCAGAACCAGAAUGGUCUCGACACUACCCAGGUUAAGACGGAACGACUCACGCCUGACAAUAACUCGACGUCGUCGAGGAGCGUGACGCCUUCUUCGUCGAGUCAUCCCGGUACGCCGCCAAAUGCUACGCCCUUGGGUGGACCCGAGGGCCCGCCGCCACCCCAUCAUCUCAAGCACAUGGAGCAGAUGAUGGGGCGAAACUACAGUGAUUUCAUGAGGAGCCUCGCCGCCAAGUACAACAACGCCAACCCCAACGAUUACUUUAGCACACCAAGGAACGGUUAUCCGCCGGGCUUGGACCCGAGGUUUCCGGCCUUCAAGACCGCGGCGACGCCGUUUGUCGGUCUGAUGGCGCCUUUAGGCGCUCCGCAACCACCGACUGUCCCAACGACCUCGCCACUCUCGAACAAAGACCCGAAGGAGCAGAAGCAAGACAGCCUCUUCGGCAAUCCCGUGUUCCCACCUAUGAUCGAUAUGUCUUCCACUCAAGCCCUCUUACACAUGGUACGGACUGCCAAUGCUGCUCAGAACGCUGCCGAGUUGGAGACAUAUCUGAAAGGCGCAAACAAGAGAGACGCGGGAGUGACGAGUCCAUUGGAUCUUUCGAGCCCCGGUGGCUUCGCGCCUCGGAAACGACAGAGGACGGAAACGCGAAGAUCCGAAAGCGUGUCUCCCAAACCGAAACCCACUGCGAGACCGACCACGCCGCCGCCCGUCAGGUGUCCAUCGUUGUGCGGUCACAUGCCCUGCGGUGACGGACAGGCGGUGAAUCGUUGGACCAUCGAGGACGUCGUCAACUACGUCUCGUCGAUCGACAUCUGCGCCGAAUACGCCCAGAAUUUCCGGGAGCAUCGCAUAGACGGUGCCGCGCUGCCGUUGCUCUCGGAGGAUCAUCUAACGGGUCCGAUGGGUAUGAAGCUCGGUCCAGCGUUGAAGUUGCGCGCUAUGCUCGCUCGGAAGCUUGGCGCUUGUACGGUGUGCUUGCAUUGCGCGCACUGCCACCAAACGCCGUUACCAGCGCUGAGCGCCGCGGCCGCCGCGGUGACGCAACAACAACAGCAGCAGCAGCAACAGCAGUCGCAGCAGCCGCAGCAGCAACAACAGCAACAGCAGCAACAGCAGCAACAGCAGACGUCGGGCCGGCGACCCAGUAGCACCGGAAACUGACAAACAAUGGCGGAGACUCCCCCGUUAGGGCCCGAGACAGCAGCGGCCGGUAUGGGUAUGACCCCGUCGCCGUCUCCGGACCCGAACCGGGCCCUCAGGAUAGAACGGCGUGUGCCUCGUCCGGUACGCAAGCCGGAAGUCGUCUUCAAGAAGCCGAUCAAGCAGUGACACGCGGUGGACGUGCGAGAUGCGGAAGACGCUUUCGUAUUGUUACCCCGAGUGUGUGUGGAGACUCCGCCUGUUGUCAGUAGUGACCUAAGUGCCCGGAUCGACCCUUAGAUAGAAAAAACUCGGGAGACCGACUCGGCUCCGCGCGCUCCGGCGAUGCCGGGGUGUUGGAGGCCAGGGGAAAGGUAGGAAGGUAGAGGUAGAAAGAGAGAAAGAGAGAGAGAGAGAGAGGAGAGACUUCGCAUAAGUUAGCGCCUAGAGACCGAACGCUCAAGAAAAGAGAGUAGUUUCGAGUAUCGGGAUUAGAUAUAGAGCCUAAGGAUAGGAAGCGCAGAGACCUGACGGAGCGCGUACGUUGGCGAGCUGAAAAUGUUUUGUAACUUCGCGUUCUGUUCCUCUUUUUUCUUCACCUUUUGCUUUUUGUACCAAUAAACGUUUUCCAAAAACUGCCGAGAGAAAUUUUCGCAAGUAUACGUGGUAAAAUAUAUUGUUUGUUAUCGAGAAGUGCGUUCGCGAGAUUUAGUAACAAUGCGGUAGACGCGUUUGAAUUUUUGUACGGGAGGGAAUGCGGAAAAGCGGUCGUGAAUCGAGCAAACCAGUGCCUACUUUUCGUAUAAGGUCUUCCAGGACGACGUUAUCGGGUGAUCGUAGGGAAUCGGUCUUUGAUGCGCGUUGAGACGUCAAACCCGCGCGUCAAACCCGCACUGGGAUGAUCUGUAAUUCGGCACAGAAUUCUAUCAGAGGGAAAUAUUUCUAAAGAGAAAGAAAUAUUUGAAAAAUCAGAAAUACAUUUUUUACAAAUCAGAAUUACAUUUCCGACAAAAGGAAGCCUAUAUACGCCCUUAGAAAUGUGUAUAUGGAUAUAUAUAUAUAUAUAUAUAUAUAUAUAUAUAUAUAUAUAUAUAUGCACAGUAAAAUCGUAUCUUCGCGCACUCGUAUCGUGUCGCGCACAAAAUUGCAAAUAAAAUUCCGUCACGAAUCGCGGAUCGUCCGAAGCCGGGGCCUUAUUCUCGAUCGCGCCGCCUCAUCUCUCGAUCGUCGAUCGACAACUUUCUCAAACUUAACGGCCGAGGUCGUGUUUCUGAGCUGCGUGCGAAAGUUCAGGAUAUGAAAGACGAAGAGGAGGCGUCGACGAUUCGAAAAGAGACAGACGUGACGAAGAGAAGAGGAGGAGGAGUGCGCGAAGUACGUACGUGUACACACGUGCAUAUGCGUCGGAGUGAUUACGUGCGAGAAUACGAGUGUGUGGCAAAAAAAAAUAAGAAAAAAGAAAAACAAACGGGACAUAGGAGUACAGAGGUAUAUGUGAAACACAAGGAGAGACGAUCUAAUUAGGGAAAAUUAUGUGCAAUAACAAUAAAUACGUUUCGACGCGAUAACUUUUAACUACAUAGGAGAUACGUAUUUGCUCAAAUCGUUGUUUCUUUUAUAUAUUUUAACGAAGUUUUUUAUAUGGAUGAAUUAUUAUGAUAAAUAUAUACUAAAUUAUAUUUUUGCUAGCGCUCUACGUGCAACAAAAAAAAAAAAUGUGAGACCCACGUGCGAGCACAUGAACGUACACACGAACACAAACAUGCGUACACAGACACAUUUAUACACAAGUAUACUCACCAAUCCGCGCGAAUGUUGACGACGACGACGACAAGUUUCACGUGCGACGGACCCGUCUUAGCUCUUAGGGAAUUGUACAUUAGCGCCCCAUUUAAUUUGCCCCUCUUUAAUCCUUAACGUUCAACGCAAGCGUUUAUUUAUUUAGAACGUAUAGUACCGUUGCCUUAUUGUAUUCACACGUAACGACUAAGAUACGUAAAACGGUGGUAGGGCGACAUCAAAGUGUGCGCUUGUGUGCGCCACGCGUGCGAGAGCGAGGAAACAAGAGAACGAGCGCUAGAGAGAGAGAGAGAGAGGGGGGAGAGAGAGAGAGAGAGAGAGAUCAGUUCGUAAGACGAGCAGUAUUUUUAGAUUUACACAUUAGCCUGAAUUUACUGCAGACUACGUAAAGUUAGAACUGUAUGUACACAUACAUACACACGAGUAGACACACGUACAUAUCCAUAUACAUACACAACAUAUACAUACACAUAUACGAAUACACCCUCGAGGUAACACGUGCUGUUGACACGUGCCACCCCGCGCUCCCGAGUUCACGUUUUGUCGGAAGAAAGAUUUCAUUGUCUCAUCAAAAAAUUACGUAAAGACAUAUCCACGAGUGAGUAUCUCGCGGCUACGUCACGAGAUUUAUUCGCAUUCCGCGUUCAAUUCACGACCGACGAUAACGCGCCAAGAUAAAGAGGUAAAAGGAAAGAGAAAAAGAAAGAACUCUCGCAAAUAAAGAAGGAAAUUCGUUUGCCGCGGCUGACUAGGUAAGUCUGUUACUACUUCGCGGUGUAAAAUUACCAAUGGUAAUUAGACGUUGUGAUCGCGCACAAUGUUACUACGGUUUUACGCGGAUGGCUAAUUACAGUUCUCCCCGUGUAUAUUUACCACGUGCCUAUGUUGUUUCUAAUUAACGGCACGAUAUCCUCUCGGCAUACAUAUGUAUACAAGUAUGCGUGAUAACGUGACUACGGAAAUAUUUCUUUUCCCUUUUUCUUUUCUUUUUCUCCGUUUGCUGCUCAACGAACGCGACGUUCGGAGAUUGUACUUUUUCGAGCAAUGGCACGGGAGUGAAACCUCCCGUCGCCGUCCGUGUGCGAUGAACUCGGGCGCGUCGACACUAACAACCAAGUUCAGCGGCUUUUACUUAAAACACACGAUCACUGUACAUAACGCUUGAGCAUUUAUUUAUGUCGUGCUUUUACACAAGUGUCUCGUAGUAUUUUAUUUAGUGUCUUAGUCGAGAGGUUCUCACGCUGUCCAAUGCGUAUCAACGAAUGUUACGCGGUAAACUCGUCCGACUAGAGAGAGAAAGAGAAAAAAGAUAGGAAACAAGAGAAACACGGACGAGAGGGGGAGAGAGAGAGAGAGAGAGAGAGAGAAAGAAAAAAGGUAGGAAACAAGAGAAACACGGACGAGAGGGAGAGAGAAAGAGAAAAAAGAAAGAAUUUAUGUGACGUUGUAGAAUCGGUGACAGAUUCUCUCAGCGAAGGAUUUACUUAAUCGCAUUACGGAUUAAAAGAGUUAGAGAAAAGUGGUGAAAUCGGCGAUAAGGCAAUUUCUUUUUGUGAUAUUUCAAGAUUUUCUCCAUUCAUCUUCCGGGGUACCCAUCCCAUUCACCUUCCCAACAACCGACCUUCUUCCCCGCCCCCUGCUUCGUUAAAAUCGAUCGAUUUUGCGACACCUUAACUCACCUGAUCUCCCUUCGACUCUUUCUAUUUCUCCAUUGCGAGUCUGUCGUGUAUUAUCUUACGAUUAACUGUCAUAUCACAUGUAUAUAUAUAGUAGAAAUUAAUGGUGAAAAGAGGAAAACAAACAGUACAUUGUUUCUGUUAAAAUAAACCUUGUUGAAAAAUAG